CCGGCCCGGGAAUUGCCGGGAGAGGCGGCGGGCGGUGAGUGCGCGGCCGGCCCGGGAAUUGCCGGGAGAGGCGGCGGGCGCUUGCCAGAGAAGAUCAAGAUGAGUCUACGGAAGCAAACUCCCAGUGACUUCCUAAAACAAAUCAUUGGAAGGCCAGUUGUUGUAAAAUUAAAUUCUGGAGUUGAUUAUCGAGGUGUCCUGGCUUGCCUGGAUGGAUAUAUGAACAUAGCUCUGGAGCAGACUGAGGAAUAUGUAAAUGGACAGUUAAAGAACAAAUAUGGAGAUGCAUUUAUCCGAGGAAAUAAUGUGUUGUACAUAAGCACCCAGAAGAGGAGGAUGUGAAGAUGGCAGAAGGAGGCUGUUUUUUUGUACUUGUGAGCCUCUUUGAAGUGAUGAGCCCUAUUUGAUUUGUAGUUCAAAGUCCACAGGUGAAAUACACAAGUGUUUAAGUAUUUUUUUAAAUAAAUGGAAAUGUGAGUGUAAA